AUGGAUGAUCAAGUUUGUCCCCGUUGCAAAACGACCAAAUAUCGGAAUCCAUCGCUAAAACUGAUGGUGAACGUGUGUGGCCAUACGUUGUGCGAAAGCUGCGUAGAGUUACUGUUCCUCAAAGGGUCCGGUUCCUGUCCGGAGUGUAAUGUGGCGCUGCGAAGAAGCAACUUUCGCGUGCAGCUGUUCGAGGAUUCCAACGUCGAUAAGGAGGUACAGAUCCGCAAGCGCAUUCUGAAGGAUUUCAACAAAAAGGAAGAUGAUUUUGCAUCGCUGGACGAGUACAACGAUUAUCUGGAAACGAUUGAAGAGCUCGUGUUUAACCUCUGCAACAACAUCGACAUCAUUAACACGAACAAACGGAUUGAACAGUACAAGCGGGACAACCGGGACGUUAUUAUGAAGAACAAGAGCAAACUAAGCAAGGACGAGCUGGAGCUGGAACAGAUUGUCGAGUAUGAGAAGGAACAGUUUGAACAGCGCCGCAAGGAGUUGGCCAUGAUUGAGGCGGAAAAUAGGAAACAGAAGACGAAAAAUAAGGAAGAACUGAUCGAUUCGCUAAUGGCAAGCUAUGAGGAUGCGAAUGCGAUUGUUGAUAAGUUUACACAGAAAGCCGAACAGUCGCAGAUGCAGUUGCCGAAACCGGUCGCUCCACCACCGGUAGCAAAGCAAACACACUUCUCGUCGGGCAUUGCGACCGGAUUCCAGGGUCAGCAUGGAUUCCUGGCCGUUCCAAAGCUAGAGGAGGGCCCCUUGUUUACGUAUGAAUCUCAAGGUUUCGAAACGGAUGGUCCGGCACCACCUUCGAUGGAGGAAGUGAUUGAUAGCGGCUAUAUUUCUCAUAUACGACCUGAAAAUUUGGCCGAAAAAGCGGGUGGUUUCCAAACAAAUAUUUCUUGUUUACGGGCUAUUCAAGAAGCAUUGGCAGGAUUGUACCAUGGAUAG